AGAAGACAAAGACGGGAGAGAGAGAAUCGCUAUUAUUCCGGGAAAGAUCAUUUUGCACUUUUUCGCCGGAAAAAGGUUUCGACAAACUUGAAAACCUUCAAUCAAGGAAUUAGUCAACAGAUUGAUAUAUAGCCUCUCAUACCGGAAAAUUCUCAUUGAUUGCUUCUGGGUUUUCUCAGGCCUGUUUCUCAAAGGCGAUUCAACUGUAGGAGCAAGAGUUGUUGCACCUAAGAGAGAGGAUUCUGUUUUUCAGGAGGCAGUGAAAAUCUUCUGUGAAAUUGGCUUCCUCUCUCUCAUUUUAACUUGCUUUUGUUAAACCUUUUUCUGGUUUGAUCAAGAUUCUUGAGGUUGGAGUAUUAAUUUUGAAGGUUUUUUUGGAAGUUGAAGAUGGGAGCUCUCUGUUGUUGCUUUCAAGUUGAUCUCUUUGAGAGUUAUGUGAAUCCAAACACUUCCAUGUCUAGGAACUGUCCAUGCCUUAAUUGCUUCCUCCAUAAUGUCAUGGGUUUGUAUGCCUCGUUAUUCAACAGAGGAGGAAUGCAUCAGAUACCUCCAAAUGUUGAGACUGCUUCAGUGAUGAAUUCCACAACUUCACUUGAUGACUCAUCUCUGUCUAGUAUGUAUCAUUCUCCUCCAAGACCGUUGCCUUACGACGCUGAUCCUAGAUACUUCCGUUUGGCUAAGGGCUCGAGCCAUUCGGGUGAAGAAGCUGAACCGCUAAGAGGUGAUACUGAAAUGAGCUCUGAAGCUUUGGGUGGUGGAGGCAAACGGAGUAAGUCUGAUUAUGAAGAUGGUUCGAAAGAAGUGUAUUCAAAAGGUUCACCAAUGAAUACAAAGUCGAAGAAAGUGCUGGGGAUAGAGUUUUCUUAUGCAGAUUCCGAUGAUGAGGAUAUUUGUCCAACCUGCCUCGAUGAUUACACGCCAGAGAAUCCGAAAAUAAUCACAAAGUGUUGUCACCAUUUUCACCUUAGCUGUAUUUAUGAAUGGAUGGAGAGAAGUGAAACCUGCCCCGUCUGUGGAAAGGUGAUGGCAUUUGAUGAAACUGGCUAAAGGAAGAAAAAAAGCAGUGCUUCUUUGCAUAAUUAAAAUAAUACAGAGAGAGAUCACUUGUACAUAUAUCUUCUGUGGAAUUGUGAAUAUCCAGAUGCCUUUCAGUACAUAUGAGAAUUGUGAUGUCUCUUAAUUUUAUAAACUCAUUAUCUGUACAUUUAUCUUCCAUAAUAUAUGUCGGAAUGAAAGAAAAAAA